AUCCAUUUUUUGAUCUUAUAGAGUUUGUUCACCUGGAUAUGGUGAGCAACCUGUUCAAUCCUGAGUACUUUGAGGCCAUAACAAUUAUUGCAUCGGCUAAUGAAAGUGUCGGUUUUGUGAAUGAUCAUUUUUUGUCGAUCAUAACUGGAGAAGAGAAGGUUAAUUUGCAUUGUACUAGGAACUUGCUACGGGCUCCACUCAAUAUUUUUAUCAAGGUCAAUUGCAUUGUAUUGGAUUCGUUACAUGCGUUUAGGGAUAUUGUAGCUGAGACACGCUCAUAUAAGCUUCAACGAAUCAGUGAGCUCCAUCCUCUUUACUUGCCUCUACAGUAUCCUCUUUUAUUUCCUUACAGGGAAGAUGAUUAUCGAGACGAUAUCUGUUUGAGAGAAUCUUCGCUUGCUGAUAAUAGAAAAUGGAGAAAGUUCUGUGUUGAUGUAUUUUCGAUGGUAGAGUCACAGAGGUUGAAUUUCAUAAGUUUCAAUCAAGAUCAACUUAGGGUUGACAUGUACAAGGGUAUCGAAGAAAAUAUUUUUAAAGGAGACACUGAGGAUAAAUCAAUUGGACAACGCAUUAUAAUUCCAAGGUCAUUCACCGCAGGUCCAAGGUAUAUGUUUAACAACUUCGUUGAUGCUCUUCAAAUAUGUAACUGGAUUGGAUCUCCAACCCUCUUCAUUGCCAUCACAUGCAAUCCUCAAUGGCCAGAAAUACAAAGGGUGUUGAAAGAUACAAAUCUCAGGCCGGAGGAUCGGCCAGACAUUCUUUGUCGUGUGUUCAAGAUGAAGCUCAAUGGUAUGAUGACAGAAAUCAAGAAAGGUUGUAUAUUCAGACGUAUUACAGCAUAUGUAUGCUUAAUUGAAUUUCAGAAACGAGAAGAAAUUGAUAGGAUCAUAUGUGCUGAAAAUCCUGACGAAGUAAACGACCGAAAGAUGUACCAGUUGGUGGAGAAGUAUAUGAUACAUGGACCGUGCGGUCAGGCGAAUUUGAAAUCUCCCUGUAUGAAGGAUCGAGUUUGCACGAAGCGAUUUCCAAAGCCAUUUGUGCAGCGCACUGAAUCAGAUGCAGAUGGUUUUACCGUGUACAUGAGAAUUGAAGAUGGCAGAACAGUUACAAAGAAGAAGACUACUCUUGACAAUGGGUUUGUAGUCCCGUACAAUCGUAUAUUGUUGAGUAAAUACAGAUCUCACAUUAAUAUCGAGUUAUGCAACCAGAACAAGUCAAUCAAAUACAUGUUCAAAUACGUAAACAAGGGGCAUGGCCGAGUUACGGCGGCAUUUAAUGAAACACGCAAUACAGAUGGCGGUGCUGAGAUUUGUGAUGAGAUAAAGAUGUACUACGACUGCAGAUAUCUUUCGGCAUGUGAGGCAAUGUGGAGGUUUGCGAACUUGGGUUAA